CAAAGGCUGAAGCUGCUCCCUUUGCCACAUUAGAACUAGCAGGGGAUCCUCACCGACCAUGGCCACAGCUGCCUCGAAUCCCUACAGCAUUCUCAGUUCCAGCUCCCUGGUCCAUGCAGACUCUGCGGGCAUGCAGCAGGGGAGUCCUUUCCGAAACCCUCAGAAACUUCUCCAAAGUGAUUACUUGCAGGGAAUUCCGAGCAAUGGGCAUCCACUAGGGCAUCACUGGGUGACCAGUCUGAGCGACGGAGGCCCAUGGUCCUCCACACUGGCCACCAGCCCCCUGGACCAGCAGGACGUGAAGCCUGGGCGCGAAGAUCUACAGCUGGGAGCGAUCAUCCAUCACCGCUCGCCUCAUGUCGCCCACCACUCUCCGCACACUAACCACCCGAAUGCCUGGGGGACAAGCCCUACUCCAAACCCGUCCAUUACGUCGAGCGGCCAACCCCUUAACGUGUACUCACAGCCGGGCUUCACUGUAAGCGGCAUGCUGGAUCACGGGGGGCUCACCCCACCGCCGGCCUCUGCCUCCGCACAGAGCCUACAUCCCGUGCUUCGGGAGCCCCCAGACCACAACGACCUAGCCUCGCACCACUGCCAGGACCACUCGGACGAGGAGACACCAACCUCGGAUGAGUUGGAACAGUUCGCCAAACAGUUCAAACAAAGAAGAAUCAAGUUGGGCUUCACGCAGGCCGACGUGGGGCUGGCGCUGGGCACACUGUACGGCAAUGUGUUCUCGCAGACAACCAUCUGCAGGUUCGAGGCCUUGCAACUGAGCUUCAAGAACAUGUGCAAGCUGAAGCCGCUGCUGAACAAGUGGCUGGAGGAGGCUGAUUCGUCCACGGGGAGCCCGACCAGCAUUGACAAGAUAGCCGCGCAGGGCCGCAAGCGCAAGAAGAGAACCUCCAUUGAGGUGAGUGUCAAGGGCGUACUGGAGACGCAUUUCCUCAAGUGUCCCAAGCCUGCCGCGCAGGAGAUUUCCUCGCUGGCAGACAGCCUCCAGUUGGAGAAAGAAGUGGUGCGUGUCUGGUUCUGUAAUCGAAGACAGAAAGAGAAAAGAAUGACUCCACCAGGGGAUCAGCAGCCACAUGAGGUUUAUUCGCACACCGUGAAAACAGACACGUCCUGCCACGAUCUCUGACUGCAGGAAGCAAGCAAUAGACCUGCCGCACUGGGAGCAGCGUGGAUUUCUCUUUCUCACUCCCUUCCUUUCACUCCAGCUUUAUUAUGAAUCAAUCUCUCUCUCUCUCUCUCU